AUGAGUACCGGUACGGCUUUCGCUCUCCGUCCGCUAGAGCGCAACCCGCCUAAUGCUCCGAGUAAUGCGCUCGAAGGCUCCUUUCGAGUCCAUCUCUCUCAGAAAGAGCAGAAGAACCUUGGUCUUACAAAUGGCGACCUAGUCCGCCUCAACACCUUGGCUGGGUUCAAAGGCUACGGUGUUGCGUGGACAGCUUCGCAAACCAAUCCUGGAAACAAGCCUAUAGCAAAGGUCACGGAUCUGCUACGUGAGCACUAUGACUUGUCACUAAACGACCCUGUCUUCAUUGAGAAAGUGAGCGACUCCUGGAAGCCCCUCAGGUCAAUCGAGGUCAGCCUCCCAGAACUAUCAGAUCAGUUAGCGAAGUUCAUCUCGACUGAGGAAUUGUUGUACUGGGUCCAAUACGCUUUAGUGGAUCUUGACAUCAUCCUUCCUGGUUACAGUUUCCCGGUCCAACAGAAGGGGCCAAGGAAUCAGCCAAAGGGCGCGAAAUUGCGAGUGAUCGUGCAAAACAUCGAACCACUCCCAAACGAAAAGCAUCCUUUCUACUUUGAUCCCCUCAAAACUCAAGUGACCACUGCGACGAAAAUUCCAACCCAUUCACCAGCUCAAUCCUCGCCAGGAGUCCUACAGGUGAAGAGCGACGGUAUUGGAGGCUUAUCUGAGCAAGUGGCGGCAAUCAAUAGAGACCUAUUCUUCCUCACUAAUGUCGCACUUACUUUACCCGAUCAACACCUUCUUGGACCUACCGCCUAUCUCUUACACGGGCCAGAAGGCACUGGUAAGAGCCUACUACUUGAACGAUUAGCGGACUGCUCUUGGCAAGAAGUAUACCGAGUGAGCCCUGAGUCACAUCCCAAGGGCCAAGCUAAGGCAAUUUCUGAAACCUUUGAAGAUGCCCGUCAGAACCAGCCAAGCUUGAUCCUAAUGGACAAUCUUGACAGAUUCCUCGAAAAAGCGGAGUCACUGGUGACCAAACUACGUAUCGAGUUGUCGAAAUUAGAGGGAAGUCAGGUGGUGGUGGCUGCUGCUACUCGUAGCAUAUACGAUGUCGACGCAAGUCUUCGAACGACUUCAGCCUUCAAAAAUGAGCUUGAGCUUUUCCCGCCUAAUGUAAAACAAAGAGAGGAUAUCCUACGACAGAUUGUUGGACCUACUCGACUACUUUCGAACGUCGAUUUCUUUGCGGUGGCAGAACGCUCGCACGGCUUCGUCGGUCGUGAUAUUCACAAAUUGUGUGGUCUCGCAAGGAAUAGACGGGUACAGCAAGUGUACGAGUCGUUAGACGAUGACAAAAAAGCUGCGUUUAGUGACACUCUUGAGAAAACGGACUUUGUCGCCCAGGAAGAUUUCGAUGCAGUGAUCGACCAGGUGCAGCCGACUGUGCUCAAGGACAGUAUUCUCGAGGUGCCGAAAGUCAGAUGGACAGAUAUAGCUGGCUUGGACCACGUUCGCGCUCUCCUCGAGGCCAUAACCAUUCGCCCAUUCAAGUACCCUGAUCUUGAUGUCAAGUUUGGCGGACCCCAGUCGCGCAAGGGCGUGCUACUAUACGGACCCCCAGGCUGCGCAAAGACGUUGAUCGCCCAAGCCGUUGCAACCGAAAGCAAUCAAAAUUUCCUAGCAGUCAAGGGGUCCGAACUUAUCAAGAUGUACGUUGGUGAGUCUGAGCGAGCGGUUCGGGAUAUCUUUCGUCGCGCACGUGCGGCGAAACCUUGCAUCAUCUUCUUCGACGAGAUUGACUCCAUUGGCAAAUCACGCGAGAAGACACAGGAUAGCGGCCUAAACGUCGUCGCAACACUGCUCAACGAGAUGGAUGGAAUCGAGGCACUGAAAGACGUCUUCAUUAUUGGCGCAACCAAUCGACCAGACAUCUUGGACUCAGCGCUCAUCCGCACCGGCCGUUUUGACGCACACAUUCAUAUUGGACUGCCGACUGAAGAGGCACGUAAGCAGAUUCUUCAGAUUCACACCAAGAAGAGGCCACUUGCGGCAGAUGUUGAUCUGAGCGUCGUUGCUGCCAGAACGGAGGGCAGCAGUGGUGCAGACAUCAGUGGUCUAUGCUCGGUGGCUGUUGAGCUGGCUAUCUCAGAAUAUGAGAAGGACCCCGACCGUGAGCCUCAGAUAUGCAUGUGUCACUUCGAGCAGGCGCUGCAACAACAUGUUCCCCAUACAGUCAAAGCAGAGGCUGAACGGUAUCAAAACUGGCGACCAGGGAUGUCGUUAUCCGUAGAUCAAUAG